AUGACUAACCCGCUGCUGUUUCGCAGCAUUGUUUCAAUCAGUGUACUCGCUUGCUUAUGUGAUGGUUCCACUUGGAGCCUUCAAGCAGGCAUACAUAAGUCUGAUUGUAGCUCCAUGACCAAGUAUGUACUCUUGCAAGAUGCUCAGAAAAUCGUGGAAGGUAAAAGCAAUACAAAUUUCGUUGAUCAUGUAUUCGAAAUGAACUCGACGAAAACUUUUGAUGGCGUUUUGUAUUUGAAGAAUAGUUGCAUAGGCAAAGGUAAGGCCGAUUCAUCAUGUUAUCUCGCUUCAUUACAAACAGAAAAAAUCUUGCUCAACUUCCCCACGAAAAAUCAGUACAGGAACAGACUUGAUUACGACGAUUACCAUGUUAACUUGGGAUUACUUAAAACUUCAGAGAUGGCUAUCGAAGACCUAGAUAAGAGUAGCUGCUCAUGUGAAAACAAGAGAUGCUCAUGUUGUGAAAUCUUUCAAUACCCUAAGUUUGAUCACAGUGUCUGUGUAAAUAUCACCUACAACGCCGACACCAUAGGAAUAGAAGCGUCAAUUGGAAUUGACGGCUUCUAUUUUACUAAAUCAAUAUCAGCUCGCAAUCCGCCUCCUAUAUGUUUUGCUAUUCCUAGUCUUCACGAUAUUGCUAGUGUUUGCAUAGCUUUUACUGAUUUGGACAUGACCAAGAAGUUGUUCACUGGCUGCAUAUUCCUAGAAGCGGAAUUCAUACAUCUUGAGCUUCUAAAAUUGAAGAUCGGUUGCUUCAAAAUGCCUAUUUGA